CAGCGGGCGCUUCCAGCAGAGAGGUAAUUACAAACCAAAGCGGUGCGGACCUGUGGAAGGUGGUGAUGAGUUUUAUUACAAGAAAAUUCAGGUUUAUCGUGGAAUAACGAUCAACUGCGGGAAAAUAUUCUGUUCUGGGAUAAAACAUAUUGUGUUAAAAUAAGUUCAGGCCGCACAUGAGAACAGAAACGGCUGUGAAAAAUGGCGUUUAAGUGGUUGAACCUGGAGGAGCAGCAGUCCUAACUUCACUCGGGAGGCGACCUAGUGUUGCGACUCUACAAAAUAUGCUGGAAAUGGCUUCUCAUGACACUCAUCAUCACUUCAAUACGAAGGAUGUCGGUAAAUCAGAAGCUCCUAUGGAAAUUUUUAGAGUAGUUCAAGCAGGAAGAAGUUUUAAAAAAAGAAACGACCUCCAUCAGAGAGGCGAGUGGUCAGAAAUGGACAACCAGCACUUUGAACAGAAUGGAGUCCAAGAAGACUUUCCGUCAAGCCUUCAGAACGGAGACUCUGCAGAUUUGAUCAGAGCGAACCCUUUUUAUUACAAGGACUCGACCAGCAGCACUAAUGGAACAGAGGCUUCAGUACAAGCAGACAGUUUCAUCUCUGUACCCACUACGAAAUUCCUAAGCUCACCUCAGGAAUUUGGUUAUAAAAUUAACGCCACGGAAAACAAAGAUCUUACCGUGCCUCAGCGGUACGACCCUAAAGACGAGCUCUUCAGUCCGUCCUCUCUGAGGCUCAACGCCACCGCCAAUGGGGAUUUUCAUCAUUUGGUCCAAACACAAGAGUUCCCUAAACGCAGACAGAGAAAUGGCUCAGACAUUGUCACGGAUGAUGUGGAUACUUUGUUUGGCUCAUCUAACAAAGCCGCGGCACCAAACCUAUUUUAUAAAACUUUGGCCUCAGAAGCAGAUUUGUUUUCAAGGAGCAGUGAAGAACUCUUCCAUGCAAACGACACCCAAGACAAUACCCCCAGCACCGACUAUGACAAUUCUUUUAAGGGAGGAUUUGACGUGUUUUCAUCGCCUACGAAUCCUGUGGAUCCAUUCCCAAGUCUGCUACCGAGGAAUUUAUUCAAUGUCCCCAGUUUGGAUGAUCCUUUUGGCCCAACUCCCUCCAAGACAAUGUCCUCUACACCUUUAACCAAUCACCCAUCUGAGUUGAAGUUAGACACACCGGUCUCAACAGGUUUAGCAAAGUUAACUCCACCAAAAGUUCCUCCAGUUGUUCCACGAAAGCCUUCAAGAAGACCAAAAGAUCUUUUGACGACGCCUCAGGGAAACAAAGAGGAAUUUCUUGAGCCGACCUCCUUCAGCCAGGCCAGCAGCCUGUCCUCCUCGCCCAGCAUUUCUCCAGCUGAUUUGACUCACGUGCAAACUUUCAAACGGCCACCAAGACCCCUUCCUCGAACUCGACGCCCCAAAGCAGUGAAGCCACCAGCACCAGAGAGGCCUCCACCCACAGCAUACCCUACUAAACUGGAACCAGAAGUACCUGAAGCACAUACUGCUGAGCCAGAACCACGAAAACCUCCUCCUAAACCAGUCCUUCCUCACAAACCAAAGAAAAUGGAGAGCAAACCAUUGGAAACUGAGAACUUUGCUGUGUUUGAGGACGUCUUCCUUAUUGGACAGGAACGCUGUGUGGAGGAUUGGCCUGAGGACAGUCCUGAGCUGGAUCCAGACUUUAAGCCAUCUGGAACAUUUAAACUACGAAGAGAGUCGAAGGCCAAGAUGGAGUCAGACGGAGGAAGCAGUGAAGACCCUGACGGAACCUUUGGUCACGUUAAGAAAAAGGACAGGAAACUGCGAAUGUCGCUGCUGUCCAGAAGAAGCUCAAAGGACAAGUAUUCAGAUGAUGCCAUGGGGGAAAAGAGAAACACGCUGCCCAGUCGACGAAAAACCCCCAAGGACUUUGGUUCCAAUGACCAUAUCUCUACCGGAGAUGAAGAAGAUCCUUAUAGUUUGGACUAUAAAAAAAAAUCUACAAAGACCAAAGUCAAUCACGUGUUUCGGAGAGCCUCCAUUGGUUCCUCUACGUACGACGACAAGCACAAGAACGAGGAUUCACUGCAACAUCCAAAGGACGGUGACCAUAAGAAAAGCAGCAAGAGGAAAAACACCAUUGUGCGUCGACAGUCGGCGGACUCAGUGUUGGACGAAGACGAUGGGGAGAAAGGUGGCCAUCGGCAGAGGAGGAAUAGCAAGGUGAAAGUCAAGUUUGUGCCACAAAGAGGAUUUGCCAUAUCAUUAGAGAAGGAACCAAAAGGAGCUCAUGGUUAUACGUCUCGCAAGGGCUCAAAGGACAAAUCUGUCGAAGAUUCUGGAGCGCAUGGCUACACACCUCGUGACAAGCUCCAGGAUGAUGAUUUUGAAGAUCUUGCGGAGAUGGAAGCCCUCAGUCUUCACUCAACCAAUGCUGCCAUCAUGCAUGACAAACAGCAGAAGUCUCAUCGUUACUCGCCAAGUCUGCAGGGGGAUGACGAUGUUGAACUGAGCAAAGAACGCAAACAUAAAAAGUCCAAACAUAAGAUUCAUCUGCCACACAAAUCUAAGGCAUCUUACGCCCUGAAUGAGAAGGGCUCCACUGAUGAUGAAAUAACAGAAAAAGACAGGAAGUCUCACGAAGAGGAGGAGGAUGAAGAUCCAGAUGAGAUUGAAACCCUCAAACUGAAAAAGCCAUCUAAGUUUAAAGUUCCCAAAAAACACAAUCACAAGAACAAAAAGGCCAAGAACCAACCAGGAGCCCCAUCUGAUGAGCACCUCUCUGAGGCUGCCAAGGCGGCAUGGCAGGCUGCUCAGAUGGACGAACAGGCUGCAGCCGGUGAAGAGGAGGGUGAGGAGGAAGACGGGGACACGGACAGUUUAUUGGAGUGGUGGUACACAGUAGAAAAAUGGGACGAACUGCCGUCGGAUGAAGAGGAUGCAGCCGUCAAAGAGGAUGAGUCAAAGUCAUUCGCCAUCUUGGCAGAGAAGGUCGAACGCGGCCUGCGUCUCUUCAACAAGGUGUUCACCGAGCAAGCCGAGGUCCUGUGGGAGUCCAUCAUCUCGCUCCACGCUCUCGCCGACGACAUCAACGAGUUCCAUCACAAAGCCAAGAUCGCCGGGAUCAGCGGGGGCACCACCACCGCGGUGGGCACUGUGGCGGCCAUCACCGGCCUGGCCUUGGCUCCCUUGACCUUCGGAGCGUCCCUAGUUAUCACGGCCGUGGGCGUGGGGGUGGCAACGGCCGGGGGGAUCACCUCCGCCUCUGCAGCCAUCUCUGACAAUGUCCACAACAAGAACGACCGCAAAAAGAUCGAGGGUGUGCUGCAGGAGUACGAAGAGCGAAUGCUGGAGAUCUCGAACAUCCUCCACUUCAUCAAUCAGGGCUUGCGCAGGCUGCGCGGCCACCCUUUCCUCAGGUCCGGCACACAGCACUAUUCCCAGGACUGGGAAAUCCGCAAGGCAGUCCAGAUGAUCAGCAUUGUGGAUUCGCCUGUGAUGCGAGCGACAGAGAUAACCGACGACGCCGUGGGCUCCCUGCAAGGACUCUUCAAAGGUAUGGACACGUACUUCGUAAACGAAACCAGAGAGCUGAAGAAAGGCUGCAAGAAGGAGAUUGUGGCCGUGAUAAGACAAGUGGCAAACGUUCUGAACGACUGCAUCAUGGAGCUGAACGCCAUCAGAGAGAACGUGCAGGAAGCUACUGGACAGAUGUGAACGAUCCUGCUGCGCAUGGCUCACCACUGACAUCUCCUGGCUGAAACUGAGAACUGCUCCUUCAUAUUGCAUCAUUCUUGGAAAAUAUUCCACCCGUGUGAAACUCCUGAAGAUAUUUUUGGCAUUGUGGCUGAGAAAUUACUUUUUUUUUCCAGCUUUUUAAACUGCAUAUGAAUUUUGUACUUGAAAAGUAAAACACAGAACAGUUUCUGUAUUCAUUCACCCUUUUGUUCAGCUUGAGCAGCAUUUGUCCUAUGUAAACGUGAAGGUAGGUUCACUUUGUUAGAAUUUAGUCAGUUUGGAAAUAGUUUAUCAAAGACUUUGACAAAGUCUAUAACCCUCUUCAUUAUAUUGACAUGUUAUGAAGAGAUAAGGUUAAAAAAUGUUAACAGUUAAUCUAGUGAACCAAAGUGAUGAUUGUCAGAUUUUGGCAGAAUGUUCUGCAGGUUAAAGACCCUUCUACUGUAAAUUAGACUUUUAAUCUUUUACGUUGUAAAAAAGAAUCUUGCUUUCAUAAUCAGGUGUCUAUAGAUACAUUUGUCGUUAUAACUUAAAUCAGUUUGUUCAAAAUAUAGCUUAUGUUUUUCAACGAGGGAGUUAGUUUGGUUUAUUCAGAAACUCGAACACAUUUUAAUGCUUUUUAUUUUUCCUAAAAGAGAUGUCUUGAAUGAAUGCAAAGCACGUUGCAUGACAAACUGACGUUUUUCUGCUUGAUUAUAGGUGCAUUGUCAUUUUUAUCCUCCAUAUUGAAUCAUAUAGCUGCUAUUUUACCUCUAUCCACAUUUAAUUAUAGGCAUUCUUAACAUUAUGACUUAUCCAGCUUUGAUAUGUCACUGUCUUUGCAAUGCUGGGGGAUUUGUUCAUUUAUUUGCAUUUUGACAUGAAAUGAAUGUAACUGUAUAGGUUUUACAUUGUUCUAUUUUACUAUAUUCAACAUGUAUUGGUGAGCCCAAGAAUAAAAUGUAAAAAUGACCUAUCGACACAUUUUCACCUGGAGGCAAAGUAUAUGUUCUAAAAAAGUAUGUAGCUUAGACAGAGGCUAACAAAGGAAGUUACCAAGUGUUGCUUGUUGCCAUUUUGUCCUGCUAACUCCUAAAGGUAGCAUGAGAAAUGGACCGGCUGUAUUUUGGUAUUAAUAAAUGGAAUUCAUGAAUUCAA